AUGGACGGAGAAGGCGAAGCUGCACAAGCGGAGCUGCUGCUGCAAAGCCUGGAGAGCCAAAAAGAAGCGUACCUCGAGGCGGCGCAAAAGUUUCAAGAGCUUCUGACUCAAAACUUGCUGAGGCCUAAUGACACCACAUCUCAUCUCACUCUCAACAAGGACAAAGGCACACCUCCUCGGACCGAUAGCAACGCUCCUAGUCAAGUGGAUUCGUCCAGGAUUCCUCCCCGAGGCGCCCAGUCUGUUUUCACAAGAGGCACUGGCGAAGAAUCAGACGCCGAGCAUGAGAGCGAUGAGCUUCUUUACGCCCAGAAUCCCCUUGAGACAGAAAACUAUGACCUCGAAGGACUACGACAACACCUCGUCAACAAUCCCUGGGACGAGUAUGGCUGGCAAAUACUUCGGGAUGUCCUGGGCCAUGAGUCGAUGGAGAACGCUUCCCACGUCAGAGAUCACUGGUAUCUCCCGACUCAAGCCGGACCUGUCGAGGAUCGGAGUCAUCUCAGCGGCUACCAAGUUUGGGAUGUUGGCCCAGACGGAGCGCCGCUAAAUGUAGAUGUUUCCGGUGACACUAACACCUCACGAGCCAUGUCUAUCUGGAACUGCAUCAAAGAGAUCAACCCACCUAACCGGGAAAGGAGAGCCGUCGGCAGAAUCACCAUUAUGCGAGAACUGAGCCCAACGCUCUUCGGUGCCGUUCAUUACACACUCAAUAGGACGUUUGACAUGGACGAGAUCUUUAAGGCUCUAAUGGCAGCGGAAGCUUCAAAGGCUGAUGUCCAUCGAGGAUUUGACUUGGACCCCCGCCGACAAUGCAGCAAGAUAUUCGUCUUCCAGUAUUUCACCAUUGUCGCGGAUGACUGCGUUCCGAUGGACUGGCAAAUGGGGACAAGAGAGUUGGACCAAAACCCCAAGCACAUCCGUAUCACACGGUGCAAUUCGGUCGUCGCGCUGGCUUUUACGGAAAAGCCGAUCCGCAAAGUACGCAAUCCGGCUCGACGGAACGUGGGACAGAACGCGUACGGCAACAUCUAUGAUCCAUGGUCUUCUUGGCAUCUACUCAACCUGCAAUGCUACCCGGAUCUCAACAGUAGUACUGACAUGAUUGAUACAUCAAAGCAUUUUGUCAACGGCCCUGAAGCCUUCAUGGUGUUGUUGCUGGGAGAGUUCAGAGAUGCCCAGCGCCGCUUCGAGGUACGUGGAACCUGCUCGACUGAUGACUUAGCACGCCUCCGAACAACAUGCUAACCAGUCUUAGGAUAUCAAUCGAGCCAUCACGAGGCUGAUAACACCGUCAGCAGAUUUCAUGUUCGAUGCGAAGUACCGAGAUGACCUGCUCUUCGAAGACGAGCACUUCACAUUUGUCCGUCGAUACUUUUGGGCGUAUCAGACACUCGGCAUUAUGAAUGAGAGCAUCAGGUCCAUCAUCGAUGAAUUCGAGCACAACUUCACCGAGGAGCUCUGGGAAGGUACAGAUAAGACACUUUGGCCACUUGUUGAGCCCGACAGUCCGCGCAGCGUCUACUAUAAGAAGAAGAUGGCGGCUCUGCGCAAGAAGUUCGAGGCUCAGAUGGCAAAGUUCCGUACGCUCAUUGCCGGGAAUGAGGAGCGGCGCACUGAGAUUCGAGGUAGGCUAUGCUGAGCAGGGACGAAUCCUCAAUGGUUGACAGCUUCUAGGCUUACGGGAAGAACUGUACGUGGGUACCUCCGUGAAGGAGUCUCGCAAGUCUGUCGAAGCCACCGAGACCACUGUCCAGCAAGGCCACAACAUCAAGCUCUUGACAUUAGUUUCGAUCUUCUUCCUACCGUCCCAGUUCGUCACAUCCGUCUUUGGAAUGACCAACAUGCCAACGUCACCCAACUUCUGGACCUUUGGUGUCGUGCUGGUCGCCGUUUGCGUACCCUUCUUCAUCCUGAUCGGCUCCUUGAACUCCAACCGAGGAAUGAUGUUCUGGCGACACCGCGUGGAGUACAUGUAUAUCAAAUUAGUCAUGCUGUUUCGCUGGCUGGGGAAGCCUUUUGAAGGCAAGCGCGAGAUCAAAGAUGAACGCGAAAGGUGCGAAGACGACGCGAAGUCUGCCAGGACCGAUCGACCACGCCUACGCCGGACGAAUGAUUCGAGACAUGAGAGCUUUGCCGGGCGAGCAGGUCAAGGGCCGCAGUCAGGACAGCAUGGUGAUCGUGGGCAUUUGAGUGGGAUCGAAGAGCAUGACGAGGUCGAGCCACGGCCCAUUCAGAGGGCUUCUUCUUCGAAAUUGGCAACCAUGAUCAAAGGGGCGCGGACGAAGGGAAAGGCUCACACGUCUGAGGUGUAG